AUACUUUAGCCAACUCUCGACUACUCUCGAGUUCUCGACAAUUGCGAGAACAAGACAAGACUAGACUUAUGGAGUGUUUUUAAAUAAUCAUUCAUGACGUUGUAUUACAGGAGUAUUUAUUCGGGCGAAAAAUAUAUUUUACAAAAAUGGGGCUGUUUCGACGGACAGUGGAGGCAACUAUUUACAACUCCACACGAGAGACGUAACAGAACGAGAGAAUAUGAGGGUCGGAAAUUGAUCGGGUUUUCAAUGGAGCAAAUUUAUACAGUCGUAGCCGAUAUUGAGAAUUACAAAAAAUUCGUGCCAUUUUGUAAAAAAUCGGAUAUAUUGUGGCGUGGAGAAGAUGCUGUGAAUGCUAGUCUAUCCAUUGGAUUUCCACCCCUCAACGAGAGUUACACCUCAAAAGUCACAAUGCACAAACCCUAUUUUGUUAAGGCCGUAUGUACAGAUGGUAAAUUAUUCAAUCACUUGAAUACUCUGUGGAUCUUCAGUCCGGGACUGAAGAACAAUGGAAACACGAGUGUCAUUGAUUUUUCACUGUCAUUCGAGUUCAAAUCAGUUCUCCACUCCCAAUUGUCAAAUUUAUUCUUCAACGAGAUUGUUAGACAGAUGGAAAAUGCAUUCAUCGACGAGGCGUACAAAAGAUAUGGUAGGCCAUGUAUCAAGACAGUCAGACUCGAGAGAUAGUAAAUAAACUACUGUUGAUUGAAAAUAAAUUCUCUCCACACUCGGUA